UAUCAACCUCGCAGUGAUUUUGGUUACAGGAGUGGCAAUCAAUCUUUUGUGGGAAGUCAUGCAAAGGAGGAAGGCAUUGGUUCUGAUGUGAACAGUAGGUCAGAACGGAUUUCCAGUGGGCAUGUGUAUGUGGAUCUAUCUGAUGUGUGUCAUUAUUGCAAAGCCAGAGGCCAUUGGAAGCGGGAAUGCCCAAAAAGAGGUGCUCAGGUGAAAUCGGUUGCUUUUGCUGCCUCUGAAACGCAUGGUUUUGUUUCCUCUAAACAGGUGGACACAGGACGGAAGUAUACUUUGGAUCAGGAGGAUUUUUCACCUUUUCUUUCUGACGGCCAUGUGUCCAUGGUGGGGAGUGAUGCUACGGUACCGGUAAAAAUUUUGAGGGAUACUGGAGCUUUUAAUUCAUAUAUUGUGAGCUCUGUAUUACCCUUUUCUGAGGAAACCAACACUGGAGACCAUGUAUUGAUGCGGGGAAUGGGACUUAUGGUGGAACCAGUUCCGCUGCAUAAGUUGACUUUGACGUGUGGAUUGGUUCAGGGGGAGGUUAUCAUGGGGGUGCGCCCUGCACUUCCGCUGGAGGGAGUGGAUGUAAUCUUGGGCAAUGAUCUGGCUGGUGGCCGGGUGUGGGCUGAUUGUCCACUACCUGCUCCCAUAGUAACUUCUUCCCCUGUUCUAGGGAAGUUGGAUGAGAGUGCUCAGUGUUUCCCUGGGGUUUUUACAGCUUGUGCGGUGACGCAAGCUAUGUCCCAUGCUGAGUCGGCAUCCGUCCCUGACCAUGAAGGUGGAGGUGCCGAAGAUGGUGAUUUUUUCUCUCUUUAUGUCCCUGAUUCUCUUUUGUCUGUUUCUCACAGUGACCUGGUGGCGGAGCAGAGAGCGGAUUCUUCUCUUCGUCAUCUUUUUGACCAGGUUGUCACUGAUGACGAGAGUGUGGCCUGUGGCUCCACAAUGGGAUCGUCCUUUUGUCCUGCAUGUGGAUGCAAGUGAUGUAGGUGCAGGUGCUGUCUUAUUUCAACAAGAUGAUGAUGGAGUUGAUCGACCUGUGAGUUUCUACUCUAAAAAAUUCAACCAUUUUCAGGUGAACUAUUCUGUCAUUGAAAAAGAGACAUUGGCACUAAUUUGGGCUUUACAGCAUUUUGAAAUAUAUCUGGAUUCUGGAAGUGUUCCUCUGGUGGUCUAUACUGAUCACAAUCCCUUAACAUUUUUGCAUUCAUUGCAGUGUCCAAAUCGCAGACUGAUGCGAUGGAUGUUGUUUUUGCAGCCCUAUUGUCUGGAUAUCCGCCACAUUAGGGGCUCGGACAAUAUUGUGGCAGAUGCUUUGUCCAGGGCACCAUGUGCUUAGGUUUAAUGUUCAGUCCUUUUUUUUUUCUCCAAGUUUCUUAUAGGCUUUUCCAGUGGCUAGGGUGGCUGAGCUAUUGAGGUGGGGAUUGAAUGGGUGAUUGUGGUAAGACUGUAAAGUCCAUUAGUAUUGCAAUUGUCACCUAGUUGUUAGUAUAAAUCGCUGUCUUUUUGGAGUCCCGGUUAGGACUCCAUUUGUAUGGGGGGGAGUGUGACGAUCCCCUUCUGUCCAGUAGGUGUCUCUAG